AUGGCAACCGACACCAUCGUCCUGAUAACAGGCGCAAACACGGGUUUAGGUCUCGAGACUGUCAAGUCUUUGCUUCAAUCUUCCAAAAAGACAUACACCAUCCUCCUAGGCGGGCGUAGUUUGGAGAAAGCAACUGCUGCUGCGAAGCAGGUCAAGGCGGACUUUCCCCAAAGUCAGAGUGUGGUAACCCCUGUCCAGAUCGAUAUCGAGGAUGACCAGUCCAUCAAGACUUUGUUCGGAAAUCUUGAGAAGAAUCAUGGGAGGCUAGAUGUGCUGGUGAACAAUGCUGGCGGCCAGUUUGACCACCAAUUCUCCUCCGGCGACCUCACUAUGCGUCAGAUGUGGAACAAAUCCUGGGAUGUCAACGUGACGGGAACAUACAUCCUCACAUACAUACUCAUGCCACUCUUAUUGAAAUCUUCAGACCCCCGACUGCUUUUUAUCACAAGCGGUACCUCUACUCUCGCGGAGAGUACGAAUCCCGCGGUGAGAAUCAACCACUCGCCCACGGAAAAAGGCUGGCCGAAAGAUGGCGGUGUCUUCGCAGGGUUAGGGAUUCCAGCAUACAGGGCGAGUAAGACUGGAUUGAAUAUGAUGAUGCGUGAGUGGGUCAGGUUGUUGAAGGAGGAUGGUGUCAAGGUGUGGUGUGUGAGCCCGGGCAUGUUGGCGACGGGACUCGGUCUGGGAAACCCAGAGUUGUUGAGGCAGAUGGGUGCGUUGGAUCCGAGUGUCGGAGCGGGCGUGGUGAGGGAUGUGGUCGAGGGGAGAAGGGACGAAGAUGUUGGAUCAGUAGUAAGGAAAGAUGGGAUCCAGCCUUGGUGA